AAGUAGAAGACAAAGCCAACUCGAUCCUAUGAAAUGAAAUGAAAUGAAUCACAACACCAACACCAAACACACACAAACUUGACCACAACAAUCACAGUCACCACUCUCUCUCUCUCUCUUGCAUCGUUCACAUUCAUCAUCUCACACCCUCUUCUUCUCUUCCAUUUUCCUCAUACCCUUUUGUUUGUUUCUGUCUCCUUUUGUUCUAGGGUUUCAAAAGUCUCCAACUUGAUUCCCAAUUCGAUUCCAUCUCCUCUCGAUUGAUCCAAUUUGAUUGAAUUGGAAUCAAUCGUGAAUAGCUAAAAAGAACGGUUUUUUUUUUUUGCUGUUUAGGAGUGUUUUGAGGUUCAACAGUUUGUGGGUUGUGGAGAAGAAUCUUGGGUAGCUGUGUUGUAGGUUCAUGGUAUUUGGUGAUUGAUUGGAGAAGAAGAAGAAGAAGGGCAUGGAGAAUGGUCACGAUGGGAAAUUGGCUGAGAAGUUCUCAGGGUUGGCCAUUAACCAGCAGCAUGGUCAACAAGGUGUGCAUGAUCAAUCUAACCUUUCUUCUAACCACAAUGAGAGCUUGUAUCAGGUCAUGAAGGCUGUUGAAUCUGCUGAGGUUACCAUUAAGCAACAGGCAGAAGAGAAUAACCAACUUAGGUGGAAAAUUGAGGAACUGGAAAAACAUAGGCGCAAUGAACAAGUGGAUCAAAAUUCCCAUCCAUGGAAGGAGCAAGUUUAUGGAUCUUAUGAAGCUCGUCAAUCAAUUCCAUCAUCAGCCAUAAGCAAUACAAGUAACUAUUCUGGGAGCAGCGAAAUAAAUGGAACACUGAGAGUACAGCCAAAUGAGCGGCUCCCUGUGGAGAAUACUGGAAACUCUCAGUUGUCUUCACCAUUUACAAGGUCAAUCUCUCCAAACAGGCAUCUACUAGGAGGAGAUCUUGAUCCCCAAUUUAAUCCACCUCGGCAAGGCUUGACGCCAAUGGCUGAAACAAAUAAUUCUAAUACCUCAUUGCAGCAGGACCUGGCCAUUAAGGUUCGGGAACGUGAAGAAGAGAUCAUUCUAUUGAGGAAACACCUUGCAGAUUAUGCUGCAAAGGAAGCACAAAUACGAAAUGAAAAGUAUGUCUUGGAUAAGCGCAUUGCAUAUAUGCGUGUGGCCUUUGAUCAGCAGCAACAAGACCUUGUAGAUGCCGCAUCAAAAGCCUUAUCGUACCGGCAGGACGUAAUUGAAGAAAAUAUACGUCUUACAUAUGCGUUACAGGAUGCACAACAAGAAAGAUCAACAUUUGUUUCAUCUUUGGUGCCUCUUCUUGCAGAAUACUCUUUGCAGCCUAAUGUUCUUGAUGCCCAGUCUAUUGUUAGCAAUGUCAAGGUUUUGUUCAAACAUUUGCAGGAGAAACUACUUCUCACUGAGUCGAAGCUAAAGGAAUCACAAUAUCAACUGACGCCUUGGCGCUCAGAUAUGAACCAGAACCAUGCAACUGCUGCUACACAAUCACCAUCUCAUUCGAUUGGUGCACCUUUGGCAACUUCAAAUAAAAAUGGCCUUGAACUGGUACCUCGGCAUAUCUAUUCUCAAGUAAAGACUCAGGUCUCUGUUGAUACUCAGGCAGGCACUGAUUGGGGUAUGUUGGGUCAUCACCAGAGCGGCUUGGGUGGUGGGGUGGCAUCAAAUGUUGAUGCUGAUGAUUUGGAAAGAUAUUCACCUCUUGCAAGCAGGAAUUCUCCAGCCCAUGAUGUACCUUCCCAUCUGGUUGUUACUCAGGGGGAUACUCGAUCUACACAUUAUGGAGAGGAGAUGACUAACAAACAGGUCACAUUCCGUGACCCUGUGAGCAACAGUGAAUUUGAUGAUCCUGAUGGAGAUGGAAACCUUAGUGAGAAAGAAGCAUCUGCUCACUGGAAUUCAGGCAAUCCUCCAUAUUCAUCCACUGUUGAUGAUCCCAUUUCCUCAUAUUCUCCUUAUUUACCACCUGUUCUUGAAGAACCUUCUUCUUCAUAUUCUGAGGCUGCGGAUGAUGAUCCAUUACCCGGUAUAGAGGGCCUUCAAAUUUCAGGAGAAGCCUUUCCAGGAAGGGAACUUCAGGCAUGCGGAUAUUCCAUCCAUGGAACCACUAGUUGUAAUUUUGAGUGGAUUCGGCAUUUAGAUGAUGGUUCCUUUCAUUAUAUUGAAGGGGCAAAGCAACCCAACUAUCUUGUCACUGCUGAUGAUGUUGAUACAUUACUUGCCAUUGAAGUCCAGCCGCUGGAUAACAGGAAACGCAAGGGAGAACCUGUGAGGGUUUUUGCCAAUGAUAGCAAAAAGAUCACUUGUGAUCCAGAAAUGCAGAGCCAAAUAGAGAGAGCUUUUUAUAGUGGACAUGCUUCAUAUAAAGUCUCACUUUCGAUUGGAUAUCUUGAUAUCUGGGAACCAGCCACAUUGGCCAUCAAGAAGGAAGGCUACAGUAUCAAAUGCCAUGGACCAAAUGGAGUUGUAAUCACAGAAAAAUUUUCACCGUCCACCACCGUUUUGAUUCCUUAUGGACAUAUUUCAGAGUUUAUUAUUGGUUCUACUAGCGCCGAACAUCUGUUAAGAGCAGACAACAACUCAACUGAUUUUAGUGGUGCUAGAGAUGCUAUUGUGCUCGUUUUGAGAUUAUUCAUCCUAAAGGCUGGGGAGAAAAAGAGAGUGAAGAAGAAGGGGUUAUUCUUUAACAAGUAAGCUAAAGGCAGCUGGUUAGCAGAAAAUCUCUGCUGUAGGUGGUGUCUGGGGAUUGACAUAGGAACUGGGAGGGAGUUGGUGUUUUGCGUGGUACCAAAAAUUUUGGUCCUUACAUAUUCUACAAUAGGGCAGAAUUAGUUUGAGCUGUAACUGUGAAUUUGUACUAUCAUUUCUUUUCUUUUUUUAAUAUUUAAAUUUUUUUAGUUCUUUUCCUGGCUUUGUAAGUCAAUUGUGCUGCAUGUGAUUCUUGUCAUUUUUACAUCCAACUUGCAUGAGUCGCCAACACAUGUCUUAGAUUUUUUAAGUCGAAAAUACAGUGUGCUUAGACAUGCUAUGUUCCCUGACUUUCUUUGACUAAAAUGGUUUUUAGGAAAAUGAUAUAUUUGCCCGUUUGAA